AUCGUUUCAACCGCCAUCAUCUAAUUCGCGAUCGUAAUUCGCAUCGUAGGGUAAGUGCCUUGUUCACUGUUGUCAUUAAUGCCAGCCCCAUAAAUCAUCCCAUGCGGGGUACCCGAACAGGCGGAGUUCACUCCGGCCUUCACCACGGAUCUUGCUCGGAUCAUCAUCGUCGUCAUCAACAUCAAUUGUUUUAUUGUUUUGAUCUUUACACCUUUUGGACUCUUUGUUGACCAACCUCAUCAGACUCCUUCAUAUUCGUCUACCACAAUGGUUCAUCCCCACCAGACACCCUAUGUUACACCUCACAUCUUGCACAAAAAUUACGCCCAAGCUUUUGACAAUGAAUUUCAUAGUAAUCUCAUUGGCCGUGACCUCGAGUAUUUCUCGCAGGCAGGGUUUGACAUGGAUAGGAUCCAGCUGAAGCGCAACGCACCUGUAGCGCAGCUUUACGAAGACGCCAUCCGCAAUGAAGGCGCAAUUAUUUCCUCAUCCGGCGCACUUAUCAACUUCUCUGGUAAGAAGACCGGUAGAAGUCCUAAGGACAAGCGAAUCGUCUAUGAGGAGACGAGUAAGGAUGAUAUAUGGUGGGGCUCCGUGAAUAUCAAGAUGGACGAACACACGUUUGAGAUCAACCGCGAGCGUGCCAUCGACUAUUUGAAUACGCGUGACAACGUCUAUGUCUUCGAUGGUUUUGCUGGUUGGGAUCCCAAAUACCGUAUCAAGGUCCGGGUCAUUUGUGCCCGUGCAUAUCAUGCUCUCUUCAUGAACAACAUGUUGAUCCGCCCGACCGAGGAAGAGCUCGCAAGCUUUGGCGAGCCCGACUUCAUCAUCUACAAUGCCGGUCAAUUCCCUGCGAACCGCUUCACCAAGGGCAUGUCCUCCACCACGUCGGUGGAAAUCAACUUCAAGCGCAUGGAAAUGGUCAUCCUCGGCACUGAGUACGCCGGCGAGAUGAAGAAAGGAGUCUUUUCCGUCAUGCACUAUCUUCAACCUGUGAAGUUUGGCCAGCUCUCCCUCCACUCGUCUGCCAAUGUCGGGAUGGAGAAGGGCGAUGUUACCCUGUUCUUCGGCCUUUCCGGAACCGGAAAGACCACUCUCUCCGCUGAUCCAAACCGCCUUCUCAUUGGCGAUGAUGAACACGUGUGGUCGGACACUGGGGUGUUCAACAUCGAGGGAGGAUGCUAUGCCAAGUGCAUCAACCUGUCGAGCGAGAAGGAGCCGGAAAUAUUUAAUGCCAUUCGUUUCGGCUCCAUUCUGGAGAACGUCGUAUACAACCCUUUGUCGCGCGUACCAGAUUACGACGACGUUGGCAUCACGGAGAACACACGCUGCGCAUACCCAAUCGAAUACAUUCCAAACGCCAAGAUCCCAUGCAUGGUAGACAGACAACCGAGCAACAUCAUCAUGUUGACGUGUGACGCGUUCGGUGUUCUUCCACCUGUAAGUAAACUUACCCCAGAGCAAGCAAGCUACCAUUUCCUUGCUGGUUACACCUCGAAAACACCUGGCACGGAGGACGGUGUCCUUGAACCUAUCCCAACAUUCUCGACCUGCUACAGCGCACCUUUCAUUGUGUUACACCCUGGACGCUAUGCAGAAAUGCUGGCCGAGCGCAUGUCUAAGCACAACGUCUCCUGCUGGUUAAUCAACACGGGCUGGACAGGUGGUAAGUUCGGCACGGGCAAGCGCUGCCCACUUAAAUACACCCGCCGCAUCGUCGAUGCUGUACACUCCGGGGAGCUUCUCAAUAGCGAAUAUGAGACCUUCGGCGGCUUCGGGCUCCAGAUUCCUACCGCGGUGGAGGGUGUUCCACGCGAAGUGCUCAACCCGCGUCUGGCCUGGGCAGAUAAGGAGGCUUUUGAACGUGAGGUUCGCAAGCUUGCAGGCAUGUUCCAAAAGGCGUUUAAGUUGUAUGAAAGCGAUGUGCAAGAAAGCGUGAGGUUGGCAGGCCCACGGGUGGACUAGAAGAAAGAGACUUGGAGUCGCUCAUAAUUUACUGGUAUAGAGUUGUCAUCUGAACUGUACUGGACUUCAUGAAUUCGAACAUAUGUAUUUACUAUUUAGUAUCGAUAUCGGUCUACUCGAGAGUUAUGUAAUGCCCAAUCACUCAGAAGUCUCUCAAUCG